UGCAUCUUUUUAAAUCAACACAAUUAGUUCUUGGGUUUUCCCCUCCCCACAACAUACAUAUAUUGCCCACUCUGAAAACGUCUCUGUGACACAAGCAUUUGCAGGUAACAGUUGCGUCUCGCUUGAGAGCUUGUCCUUCUGGUCCUCUACUCACAGAAAUGGGUCGCCAUUCCUGUUGUGUCAAGCAAAAGUUGAGGAAAGGCUUAUGGUCCCCUGAAGAAGACGAGAAGCUUUUCAACCACAUAACUAGAUUUGGCGUUGGCUGCUGGAGCUCCGUUCCAAAACUAGCUGGACUUCAAAGAUGUGGAAAGAGCUGUAGAUUGAGGUGGAUAAACUAUCUGAGGCCUGAUUUGAAAAGAGGCAUGUUCUCCCAGCAAGAGGAAGAUGUUAUUCUGAGUCUCCAUGAAGUUCUGGGCAAUAGGUGGGCACAGAUCGCAGCACAGUUACCAGGAAGAACAGAUAACGAAAUCAAGAACUUCUGGAACUCAUGCUUGAAGAAGAAGCUGCUGAAGCAAGGGAUUGACCCAGCCACCCACAAGCCCUUCGCUCAACCUCAAAUAAAGCAGGAGAACAAUAGCAUAGAGACACCACCACCACCACCACUAUCCCUGCAAAAUAUACAUCAUCUCACAAACUUGGCCUCCUCACAGUCACAAGGGUCACCUUUUCUGACAACCGAUUCAAGUUAUUACGAUAUAUCUGUUCUAACAGAAGCCUCGAGAGAUGAAAUCCUCAUGAGCAUGAGCAACAAGCCUCAUGAAUGGGUCGUCGACCCUCUGUCGUACUACGAUUCAUACUCGAGCCAGUAUCAGUAUGGAACCAGUUCAAGCUACGGGAUCUGCUCAAUGCCUAGUUUGACGAGUUCGGAUCAGAACAACUUGUCAACGAUCACGGAGUUCUCAGACAACAACAAUUCGGGUUCAAAAAUUUGCUCAAGCAAUAACAGCUCGAACAUGAGCAGUUAUAUGAUGGAGAAUAACAGAGGGAUCGUAUUGUGGGAGGGAGAGCACAAGAUGGAAGCGUCGUUUCAGUUUCAAGCAAACGGGAUGAAAUCGGAGGGACUGAUGAACACAUGCUCGUGGGGAGGAGCAGUGCAGCUUCAGAACCACAGUUCGAUGGAUUUCAACACCUAUCCGUUAACGUCAUUCUCACAAGAUCUAACGGCAGCGACUUAUGAUGUAUUCCGGCACAUAUGAAGUGUAAAUUUUAUAUUUUUAUUUUUUUUUGGGAGCUCUUUCUCUGGUUGAAACAAGGUGACAAACGAUGUUGAUAGUACAGGAAAUUUGUAGCGAGCUAAAGAUUUUGAGAUGAUCCCCCCACCCUGCCCUCUCUAUCUCUCUUUAUGUAAUUUUCCUAUUCAAGUAUCUGUUUUCAUCAGCACGAGUUUGAAUGAAGACGACGACUUCUUUUCUUUCUUG